AUGGAUUGCUUAAUUACUAAAAGUGAAUUUUCUCAAAAGGAAGAGAGUAAAGGAGAAAUUAUGUAAAAUUCAGACUAAUAGAAUACUAAUGAGUAGUCUAUUUAAUAAGAAUAACAAACUAAAAAUGAUGAUGGAUAAGCCAAACCUGAAACUGAGAAAAAAGUAAUUGAGUCAGAUUUUAUUAAAAACUUGAGAAUGCUGAGAGAACAGUAAAAAGAAAAAAUCGAUUCUUUUAAGCAACAAAAAGUGGAACUUUAGUAAAAAAAAGUUGAAUCUGAAUUGUAAGCUUUUGAAAAAUUUAAAGAAGAAAAAAUAUUAAAAACUAAAGAAAAUUAGGAUUAAAAAGAUUGUUCAAAAAAUUCUGAAGCAAAUAUUAAGAAAAAAGUUGAAGAAAAAGCAAAACUAUUGCUAAAUGAAAACUUGAUUAAAGCUCAUGAAUCUUUAUUUUUAAGAAAACCAAUAGAAAAAAGGACAAGCUAACCUGCAAACUUAAAAAAGAAAAAAAAGUAUUUACCAACAGAUAUAAAAUAUAGUCUUUUGAUUUAAUAACAUAUUCAAUAAAAAAAAAAAUUUAAAAAUAAAUUUAUCCGUAAACCCUAACAGUAAAGUAAAAAGGCAUAAGUUUAUAAAGGAGAAGGGGAAACUGUUUUUGUAUACAAAUAACCUCCAAAGCAUCCCAAAGAAAUUGAUGAAUAAGAAUAAAAGAGAAUUAUUAAAGUUUAUGACAAUAAAGUAGAUGAAGAAUCUACUAAAAAACAGUAUAAAAAGCUUGUUAGUGAUGAAGAAUAUGAAAACAAAAAUAAAAGUGAUGCUAAUAAACAAAAAACAUAAAAAUAAAUUUCAAUCCCAAUGUAAAAUAAAUACUAAGAUUAGUAAGAGUAAAAAUAUGUGUUAAAAGAUUAAAAAUUAAAUCCAAAAGAAACAUAUAAUUAAUAAAUUAGUGAAAAUUUAAAAUAAAAUGAUUUUUAAUUACAAUAAUCAAAAUUAUAGAAAAUUAAUUAAGUUAUUUAUAAUAAUCAAAAGCCAGUAGAGUAAAAAUAAGCUCAAAAUUAAUAAAACUUAUAAGAUUACAAUAAAAAAUCAGAACAAAACUAAUUAUCUUAAAAUAUUUUUUAAAAUUUAUAAGAAAGAAGAGAAAAUAAAAUUUAAACAUAAAAUAAUGAAAAUUAAAAUGGAAAUAAGAAUUAUAUUUAACAAAAGUUCACUAAAAGUUAAAGCGAUACAGAAAACAACUUAAAUUAGAAGCAAAAAUAAAUGCAAAAUGACACAAAUAAAUUUUAGAAUGAAGCGAAUGAUUUUAAAAAGCAAUCUUAAACUCAUAAAUAGUCAAAAUAAAAAGAUACACUAAAAGAAGAAGAUGAGUUUGAAUAUAAAAAAUUCUCAUCAAAAGAAGACUAUUAAAAAUAAAAAUAAUAACAACUCCAUGACAUUGUAAGUCAGAAGCUAUCUAAACUUUAGCUUUAAGCUCAAAAUAAAUUAUAAAAACCUCAAAAUUAAAAUGAAGGAAAUAACAACACAUCAGCAACUUAAAAGUAUUUGGAUCAAAGAUAUAGUGGUCUUCAAGAAAAGAUAGUGGAUGUUAACUUUUUAAAAUAAUAAUAUUUGGAUCAGAAUUCUCUAAAAAAUUACAAUAACUAAUAAUAAACAGACAGAGAAAGAUCUAGAGAUUAUAAGCAAGAUUAAAAAAAACAAGGAAUAUAACAAAAUAAUAACCUUAAAAAAUCAGGAUUAGAAACAAACAAAAACAAAAAUUCAAAUUUUAUUGAUGUGGAAGAUGAUAGCGAUAAAGAAGUUAAUGAAUUCUUGUUAAACACUAAUAUAAAAAAUUUUAUUAAAACAUAAUCAUAAAUUAUAGAAGAAUGUCAGAAACAAAUAAUGGAGGAAAAAAUGAAAGAAAGCCAAGAGACUAAACAAAAAGAAACCAAAUCAAUCCUUAAAAAUGGGCAAAAUUAAUAAGGGAAGUAUUCUUUAGUAAAAGAUUAAGACUCUAAAUUAAAGGGAUAUAAUAAUGAAAAAAUGAAUUUAGGAUAAACAUAUAAAUCUCCUUUAAAUAUGCCUCAAACUAGAUUGCAUGAUGAAUAAUUUAUUAACAGAAUUCAAAAUAACUCAAAUAAAUAAAUAAAUUUGGAACUUUAAAAAAAUAAUCAUGAUUUUUACGAAAUCGAAGACAAAAACUUUUACAAGGAGGAUUAAAAUAUAAAUUUCUAAAACCAAUUUUAUGAUAGAAAAUUCCAAAAUAACAUGAAUCCAAAUCAAAAAAACAAAUAAAAUGUAAUAAACUAAAUAUUGGAUGUAAGGCCAAUAUAAAUUAUUAAUGAUAGACCUAUUUAAAUUAUAGAUGAGUCUUAAAUUUAAUACUAUGAUGAAAGACAAGUUAAUUAUAUUCAAGGUAAUAACCAAAAUUAUAUUGAUAGAUUAGCUCGGAGAAGCCCAUAUGACGAUAAAAUUAGAUAGUAUUAGCCUUAAAGUUAUGAGAGCUAAACUUACUUUUAUGAUAAUCCUAAAAGAAGAGUUUUAAGAUAAGAUUUUUAGCAAUUCCAAGAUAAUUUUAUCGGAAAUCAUGCUGUAGAGGUUGAUGAUUAUGAUCACUCAUCCCAAUUUUUAAGAUGCUAAAAUUUAUACAACACACCAAGAGGUAGAGAAAUUAUUAAUAACGUAAAUAUUAAUCCUUAAAUUCCCCCACCUUCAAAUAACUCGAAAAUUACAAGAGAUUUUAAUUUCUUACACCAGGGUUCUUCCAAUAAAGAUAUUGAAAUGUAAAAACCCAAAUCGAAAAUUGAAAUGCCAAAGACAUAGUCAUAGAACUAAUUCUUGAAUGAUUACUUUUCUUAGGCAAAAGAAUAGGACAGAUAAACUCUGGCUCAGAUGUUUGAAGGUAUUAACAGGUUUAAAUAAUUUAAUGUAGAUAGUUUUUAUUGA